GGAAUGAACAGAGAACACUUAACUUUUUUAAAUUGAGAUUAUUCCAGAAGCUUUUAUUAUACUCCUACGAGCCGAGGAAAAGAAUAUAAAAAUUCCAGAUGCUUCUGGUAAAGUAAAGAUCCAACAAGAGAAACAUUCUUAUAUUCAUCUACAAGCAUUAAAAUUAAAAAGAAAACAAGAAGUUAACUUUAGAAUCCAGACUCUUCGAGUAAUUUCUAACUCAUUCAGAGAAAUUAAACUCGAUAAUGUCGUAUCUGCUGCCGCACUUGCGCUCUGGAUGGGCUGUCGAUCAAGCCAUCCUCGCAGAAGAAGAGCGUGUUGUCAUUAUUCGUUUCGGCCAUGAUUGGGAUGACACUUGUAUGCAGAUGGAUGAAGUGCUAGCUUCAGUGGCAGAGAAGAUAAAGAACUAUGCGGUGAUUUACGUAGUGGACAUCACCGAGGUUCCUGACUUUAACACAAUGUACGAGUUAUAUGAUCCUUGCACCGUCAUGUUCUUUUUUAGGAAUAAGCACAUAAUGAUAGACCUUGGCACUGGUAACAACAAUAAGAUCAACUGGGCCCUUAAGAACAAGCAGGAGUUUAUUGACAUUGUCGAGACAGUCUAUCGAGGGGCAAGGAAGGGUAGAGGACUAGUGAUCUCACCGAAAGACUAUUCAACCAAGUACCGCUAUUAAAUGUUUGGUUACCUAAAUAUUGCACCCGGAGUUGUAUAUAUCAUUGAUCUGAUUCCGAAUGCUGUAUUCACUGUUGAGUGAAACUCUGCUUUGUUCUUUUACUUUAUGAUUGUGAAAAUUAUUAGUAAUAAGCCAUUGCGUUGUAGAAAUUUGAAAGACUCUUGUGAGUUGUGAGGGAUCGUCUCUUGAUAAGAUGAUUUUAAGCAAGAAGCUUAUAUUCUCAUAUGUAGAAGAUAGAUUUUUUUAAUCCAUAUAUGAGGCAUGUCUCUCGAUAUAACAAUUUAUGAAUUUUGAAAUGUUACUAUUUAAUGUAUAUUCAUGUAGAGGAAAAGAAACAGUCCAAGUUUGUGUAGAAAUGAGAAUAGUCCAAUGGUUUAUUUGUUUUACAAUGAGUUUUCACUUUAUUACACACUAAGGGGUAUUUGGUAUUAAAAGAAAAAAUGUAAUGGAAAAGAAAUUGAUAAAGAGGAGUAAGGGUAAAGGUAUGAGUUAUUGAUAUUUGGUGUUUGGUAUAACUAUGUAAGGGAAACACUUCUGUACCUUUCUCUUGUUGUUUGGUUUUGAUUAGAACUGUUCAAAAGUGACCCGAUUCGAAAAUUCGAAAUCGAAAGUAAAUUGACUCGAAAAUGUGUCUUUUUUAGGUUUAUCGAAAUACGAUCGGUUGACAACUGAAAAUGGGAAAACUGAACCCAAGCUGUAAUCGAUUUUUCUAACCGACACAUAACCGUUAAUCGAGAUUACCCGAACCUAAUAAUGACCGACCCGAGUCAUAUCCGACCCGAAUCAUGCUCAAAACCGAACUCGAUCCGGUUAAAAUCGACUUAAUCCGAACGAAGUUUAGAUCGAACUGCUGUAAACCUGAAUCAAUUUUUUACAUAGAAG